AUGCAAACUCCAACAAACAAGAACGAUUCCGUGAUGAACACCGUCCAACGAGGCGGUGGUUCUCGUAUUCUGACUGUCUUAGACUGGGAUGAUACGAUUUUACCCACGAAGGAUAUCAUCAAACAUGAUGGGGAGAUGGAGCUCCCUCAGCGGUUCAUCAGUAUUGCGGCAUCAGUGUUGGAGCUUCUAUUGGAGUUGUCAGCCGAUGACGGCUUGAUAAUACUAAGUUCUAGCACUGAAGGAUGGGUUCAGCAGAGCUGUGCUACUUUUGCUCCCGAGUUGGAACCCCUCCUCGAGCGGGCUCGAAUUGUUCACACCCCGAAGACGACUCGUCAAUUGGGUUUCAAACAAAAGUGUCCGACGGUUGUUCAACUUGCCAACAAGUUCUGUCAGGCCGGUUUCGCCUCGAACGAUAGCCACUUGGAGAUGCUAUUGAUUGGUAAUAUGCCGGGUGAUGUGGAACCAGCAAAAGCUCUCCGAGUGCUGUACCCUUGUGUGCCCGUUAAGACCUGCUUGUUGAAGGAAGUUCCAAGUGUGAUCGACCUGGAGCGCCAAUUGAGUUAUCUCCUGCACUCAUUGACGCCGUUGGUGGAUGACCUCAGUGGAGUAGACGAUUACUCUAUCGCCCAAGCCUGCGAAAUCGCUGAGAUAGAUGAGUAUUCGAAGCUCUGUGCGAGAAGAAGGACCAUCUUGAGGGGAGCGACUGUAGCUGGAAAGGUUAAUGCUAAAUCUGAUAUCCCCAAGCCGGAACACGACAAACCACUGAAACAUGGCGCAAUGGCUCAGCUACGACGAUAUAGAGAGAGGGAGAUGGCCAAGUUCAGAGAGGCAGAGGCCAGGAAUGAGUCUUUGAAUAGGAUGCUUAAAGAUCAGAUCAUAAUAGGGGGCCACACUAAGAGCGAUAAGAGGGUUGACAUGAGGAGGUGGAAGAGAGAGCAAGAGGAGAUGGCUAGGGAGAGAGCAGCGGAUGCCGAGUAUUUGGCGAAGGCCACACAUGUUGAGACGAAGAAAACGAUGAUGGCGAUGGAACAAGCGGCAGCAGAUGAGCUGGAAGCAAGGAAGGCCAGGGCGGUGAGAGAGGAUCAGUUGAGGAGGCGGAUAUGUGAGGAGAGUGAUGAACUGAGGCAGUUGAAGGAUAGGAUAGAGCAGGCUAAGGUUAAUCGAGAGAGAGCAGUACAGCUACUUGACAUGGAGUAUAGGACACAGGAGCAGCGGAGGGAGGAGGAAUUGUUGGAAACUCAGCUCGAAAUGGAACGAUUAAGAGAUUUGGAGGAGGAGAAGUUGAAGGAGCUUACAGUGCACGAGAGGAUGCAGCACACUAAGAGUCUGCAGCAACGGCAGAUUGCCGAGAAAGAACAGCAGAGGGAUAUUGCAAUGUUGGAGCAUGAAAGAGAGAAGGCGAGAGUGGAUGCGGUGUUCUCUUGCUUGACCAUGCCAACUGCUUGCCACGUACCAAGUCAGAAGGAGAAAUAUGAGACUUAUGUUUCAUCAGAGCUCAACGGCAUAGAGAGGGAUCUCAAAGAAUGGUUUUUAACUCGUCGAUUCCGCAUGGAGCGAGCAUUGGCUAUUAAGAAGGAGUUGGAUGAUCAUAACUUUACUGGUCUCAGCAAUAACACUCCGGAUGACAUUCCUGUUCGAGAGAAGGUGAUGUGGUCCGAUAUAGUAACAGGCCGCCCGGCACUGGGAGGAGAUGAGAUGUCCGUAGAUGCUAAACAGCGCAAGGCUGAUCUCUAUACGAAGAUGUUCGACAACGCUACUGAUAGUGAUCAUAAGUGCCGCCCAGCUGGUAUGUCCUUUUUCCGAUGUCUUUCGAAUAAUUUCGCCUCCCCUACGGUGGAUACACAGUGUAACGCUGAGUUCAAGGCAUUCGAGCAGUGUAGAGAGAGUAUUGUGAAGGAGCAAGCUGAUGCUACUAAUAGAGCUUUGUUGGCGCAAGAUAUAUCAGAUAGGAGGGCGAGGGCUUUGUUCGAGCGCCGUAUGGUGCUGUUGGAUAGUCUUAAGGCAGCGCAAGAGAAGGCGUGA